CGCACCGGCUGCAGCUUCGUGAGCACCUCAGCCGAGACAACACCUUCCUGACCCCUUCUUAUGUCAGCUGAACAACUUGUAAACUCUUGUCGGAAGCAUUUCUCGCAGCUAGUUAUGUCGAAGGCACGCAAAUUUGUCAUCGCAAGUCUCUUCGCAGGAGAGCCGAAAGUCGACAACUUCAGUAUCGAGGAAGAAGAGUUACCAGCGCUGCAGGAUGGCCAGAUACUGUGCGAGGCGGAGUACAUCAGCGUCGACCCUUACCAGAGAGCGUACACCCACAAGCACAAGGUUGGGGCUACCAUGAUCGGAUCACAGGUAGCGUGUAUCAUCGAGAGCAAGUCGCCACAGUUCGCAGUGGGGACGUACGUGGUCGGGUCUUGGGGCUGGCGUGACCGCACAGUGGUCAACGUCGCGGCGAAGGGUGACGACGUACAGCCACUGAUGCCUGUGCCCGACAUUGGGGACCUGCCGCUGUCGCUCUCGCUGGGGGUGCUGGGAAUGCCGGGAGCCACAGCCUACUUCGGACUGCUCGACAUCUGCCACCCAAAGCCGGGGGAGGUGGUGGUCGUCAGUGGCGCAGCGGGUGCUGUGGGCUCCAUAGUGGGACAGAUAGCACGCAUCAAAGGCUGCAAGGUCAUCGGCAUUGCUGGCUCUGACGCAAAGGUCAAGUGGCUGAAAGAAGAGCUAGGGUUCCACCACGCCUUCAACUACAAGACGGUGAGCGUAGACAAGGCCAUUAAGGAGGCGGCUCCGGACGGAGUCGACGUCUACUUCGACAACGUGGGAGGGGAGCAGAGCGACGAAGUGAUCAGGAACAUGCGGCACCGCGGCCGCAUCUCCGUCUGCGGCUGCAUCUCCACCUACAACGCCACCAAAGUGCCGAUGGCGCCAGUCAUCCAGAUGCACUUGAUCAGGAGCGAGCUCAAGAUGGAGGGCUUCAUUGUGGCCCGGUGGCUGGACCAGUGGGACAAGGCUUUCAAGGAGAUGGCGCCGUGGAUCAAGGAGGGGAAACUCAAAUACCGCGAGACCGUCACGGAGGGGUUCGAGAAGACGCCACAAGCAUUCAUCAAUAUGCUCAGAGGCGAGAACGUGGGAAAAACCGUCGUCAAGGUGUAACAUCGUUCGCCUGUGUAGUUAGAAUUACAGCCACAUCUAAAACUAAUGCAUGCUAACACCAAGUAAUUUUAGGCACGUAAUCUGAAUUAAUCAUCAGCACGAAUCACUGCAGGUUUCCAGCCACAUCGUGUUUUGGGGAAAUGAAUAGCAUUGCUCACUUUGUUAAUCUUUUGUAUGUAUUUUUUUCAUAACCUUGAUCAUUCUAUGCUCUGAAGGUGAAUAAUGUAAAUACCAAUAAAAACCACCAAAGCUGUA